AUGGAAUGGGCACCUUUCAUUCCUCUAUUGUCUUUGUUCCCUGACAUCCACCUCCCUUCUAGACUGCAACCUGCCGCCUGCAGUCUUCUUGGUGUCUUCCCUUCUCAUGCGUGAGACCAUGCCGCUGCAAUAGAUAGGCCAUGCCUCCCGCCAACACUCCCGCGCGAACGCCCUCGCGCCCGCAAACUCCUGCCGCCCAACCCGCGCGCCCACUGACCCCGCUAUCCUACCUCUCCUCUCCCGGGCCCGACCUCGCCGCAACCUUGCAUGCCUCCACCACCGCCAACGAUACCGAUGAAGCCAACGUCGCCUUCCUUCGCAACUCGCUAGAUAACCUCGACCACCCGAGCCCGCCGACCCGAAGAUCGCACAUAGAUUCCGCCCGAGACCCCCGGUCGCGCGAAUACCAAUCCGAGCACCGCGCAUCCUCUUCUUCGUUUCCGACCGGCCGGGCUGAGACCGCCGAAGACCUGUCAAGACAAGAAAGACUGCGCCGAGUUCUGAGCCGGCUGAAUAGACUACAUGAGCCCGCUGCCUCGUCGUCGACGACCGCGGCGUACACCGACCGCACGCCUUCUCCCCAUCGUCAGAGCUUGUAUGAUUGGGCGCCUGGUUGGGAGGAGGAGGAGGGCGAGCUGAGCGCCAUUCUGAAUGAGCUGCGGCGCCAACAGCCUGACACGCACCCGGAUAUCCUGCGUGUGCUCAGCCAGAGUCAGUUGGAGAGCAAUCGACAGCGUGAUCGAGAUACCGCCGCCCUUUCCGCCGCGGAGAAUGAUAUGGCGGAUGCGGUGGAGCGGCUUGAUAGACUUGAGCGACGGAAUCUUGCGCGCCGAGAGCGGGAUCGGAGGGCGAGAGAGAGCGAGUGGCUGAGUUUGAGGAGUAGGGCUAUGUUGCAGCGCGCGAGGCAGGAUGGCGGCGCGGGAUCGCCGAGUGCAACGGAGAGGAUGUUGAGGUAUGUGAUGGAGAGGGAGAGGAGUGGGUUUAGUGAGGAGGAGGAACGGGCGAGGAGCCAAGGCUGGUUUCGACCGGAUUCGGCGGGGGAAGAGCGCAGUGAAGAGCAGAAUGGUGGUGGUGAGAAUGGUGCGAGUGGGAGAGGUCAUUGGCUUCUUCCUCCGCCCGCUGAGCUGCGAGAACGAGACAGACAGGAGAGGGUGGAGGCGUUUCGACGAGGCUACUUACCGGAAAACGGGGCGCAACGGGUACCACGAGUCUCCACUCCGCCGGUGCAGGCGACGCCUACUUCCUCUUCGACGUCCAUGCUCGAGAAUGCGUUGAAAUACCUGAGCGAGCUGCGGUCCUGCGUUGGGUUGGAGGGUGCUCUGUCUGCGGCAAUCGAUAACCAAUUGGCUACGAAGGAGUUCCUCGCCGACAAGCACGACGAUUUUGUCAUGGAUCUCGACGAGCUGCCUCUCCUGCCCUACUCGUCAUGGCUUCAGCCGGGCGCCGUCUUCGAAGGACAGCAAUACGCCUCAACAGCAAGCCUUACCCACCAAGACCGAUCGUCGACAUCAUCUCGAGUCGAGCAGAUCAAUCCGAAUUACAGAAACUCAAGCAGCCACCACAACAGCACAGCACACCCAGGUUUCGACCACCCUCCAGGCUCGGCACGCAUCGACGCCUCCCGCCCCUGGCGCUUCCACUUGCCCCAACCGCUCAAAGACUCUCACGACCACUGGCCCGUGCGCGUCAUCAUCCACGCCAUCGACGAAGACAGCAUGACGCUGCAAGGCACAAUGGAAGCCUACGACGUCCCACAACACCCCUCCGCCACCCACCUCAGCACCACCAGCAGCGGCAGCACCACCACCAACGGCGAACGCCCGAAAGCAGGCAAGAAGCACGCGCCCAUCACCACCUACCUCGAAGGCCACAUCAUCGACCUGCGCACCCACACCUUCCUCACCCCCGACACGGCGCCGGAGUCGCAGCGCAAACGCUCUCCGUUCGCCUCGCCACGCAGCUCGGCGGAGAACAUCCACUUUCCCUCCGCCACGCCGCAGACGGAUGCACACAACUGGCUUAAACUGCCGCCGUUUUCUGGCCUCACCUCCCCCGCUUCCUCCUCAUCAACAACAACCACGCAAUCUCCCGCUUCCGAUGCCGCUCGUCUGCUCCUCUCCAAACGCCGCCUCGCCGCUUUGCACAAGGAGUACAUCUUCAUGCGCUGGAAGGAGCGCUGUUUUGUGCACAGCCUGCACAACGACCCCUGCACGGCGCCCGCGACGGAUCGCCAGGGGGACCAGGACCGCGGACAUGGACUGACGAUCAGCGGCUUCUACUAUGUCAGUCUGCGGCGGUGUGAUGGGGUUGUGGAGGGGUUGUACUUCGAUCCGAGCAGUACGCCUUUUCAGCAUUUGAGGCUCAAGGGCGCGGGGAGUGGGUGGGGGGCUUGGGGGUUUAGAUGAUGGCUGUAUAGCUUUUAUGGGAGUUGCAUCAGAUCUUCACACGGUAGCAUUAUGAUGAGAUGGACGAUUGGAUGUUGGGUGGUUCAAGGUGCUUUUUUCGUUUUUGAUGGUCUAGUCUACCGAAACGGCCGACGAGGUAUCUUUCCCG